AUGGCACCGCCAUCGACGGCAUCAACGUAAGUUUUAUUAUCUCUUACUCCCCCUCUCCCCCGACAGAUCGACCAGUCCAUAUUUUCGAUUGAAUUUUUGGACCGUAUUCAGAAAUGUGUCAUGGGAACUGCGGACGGUCUGUCUGUGAUCGGAACAGACCCUGGUACCCUUUAACUGCAUCUGACUAGGCAUUUCUUUCAGACAAAGUCGCUGGACAUCUUCUCAGUCUCUGGGACUAUAAGGAACUCGACAGUCACAAAGGCAUUGUGAAAUGCCUGCUUCUACUACAACAGCGACUUUACACUGCGGGGUAUGUAAAAAUGUCCAAGAACUGUUAGAUUUUCGUCUUCACUUAAUGAGUGGGAUUCAAGCAGGCUUUGAGGGGAACGGACCGCGCUCCGAUAGCUCUUCUUUCCUUUUAGCCUUUUGCAUAGGGAACCACACGACAGUUCCAAUUGUCUUAUUCUCACUUCAGUAAUACAUUACGUAAGAAUAGAAUGUGUUUCUGGAGAACAAGUCGCCAGAGCCAGUCGCAUUGCCGGAAACGCCAACCAGAGCAGCAUGGAUCCAUUCUGGUAGCAUCCCGUCUAUCCAGGAAAAGACAGGCCCAUGUAAGGUAUUGGUAGAUUCCCGACUUUACGGCCCUGUUGGCUGAUUAAGUUAGACUGAACCAUAACCAUACCCAGACUGCCCACGAAAGCAGCAGUCCCCAGCGCCACGCUAAUCUUAUGAUUGUUUUCCGUCCAUAAUGACUGCGAGAACGGUGCCAGAAGAACCAACCCCCCAAUGAUAUCAUCCAAUAUUUACGGACACAUUUCUAAAAUGUACAUUUCCCACUUAAUUCCGAGCGGUCAAAGCUAAGAACUCUGUCUGUGUUAUGAUUAAGCAUUGUGCCAUAUCAUCAUUUUUUCUGUGUCUUCAUGGCGUGCACUGUUACCAAACAAAUAAGAAUUGUGGGCGCCCCUUCAAAUGUAUCAUUUCCAAGACAGAUGGCCAAACAGCAAACAAAUAGCUGCAACUUCUGAGAACGAAUAUGGUGAGCAUACUGUUGAAAGGCUGAUAAGUAAAUUCAGAAGCCUAUAAUAGGGAUAAGCCCCUUAAUCGGUGUGUCAAAUUACCUACUUACUCAAGCGGGCGGAGGGUUUAUAUUUCAAACUUACUGCCGACCGGUCGACCUCAUCCGUGCAAUCCUUUGCGCAUCGCGUCGGCGUGCUUUUGCAGGCUUUGGUAGGCCUAUGGCCGUCUGAAGCUUACACUGACCAGCUCAAAACAGCUGUUAUUUAAGUAUUCGUCGUCUGUGUUGGUCUACCUUCGAGAAAAGACAUAACCUAUUUGGGAAGGGAGUUGGUGUGCAGACAUCGCAGCGGACCAUCGCACCGAUCAAUUAGUGGGUAUAUUAUGGGAUAUUAUGCGAGCAUUCAAUAUUAACUUUGCUUUUGGGAUCUACAUAUACUUCGAAAAAGUGCUUCCAGUCGGGGGAGGGUGAAGUCCAGUUAUAGUUCAGGCGUUGCGUGAAACCCAAACAAUCUGCCCCGAGACGACAUAACAAGUUUUCUUGCGUUUAUCGAUGGGGCACUUAAGUCAGUAUCUAACAGUGCACGGAUCCCAGGACUUUGUAGGCGCUUCGGCUGAAUACCAUGUAACUGGGUCGGUCUGAAAUUCUGCUCCACACAUUUCGGACAUCAGUGGGUUCGACUUUUCCGAUUUGGGGGAGCCGUGGCAUGACCCGGUGCAAGCUAACAUAGUGCCAUUUGGGAUUCUAGUCGCUCCCUUUUGUCACGGUGUAUAACAUCCUCGUCGGUGUAUGUUGUGCACUAGGAGGGGUGGUGGUGAUACGCCUAGAUGCUGGUUUUCGUCGUGUCAGUCACUUGCGCCCUCUCUCGCCUCCGGUGUUCUUGACUCUGUCUUGACUUCAAGCACAGGUUGAGGAAGGGAGAGAGUGCGGUAGCUGCAGAGCAAGUCUACUGUCAUUUUAAAAGAAGCCAUUCGCGAGUCACCGUCUCUGCUCCAACCCUGAUGAGGAGCACACGGUGGACAUUGUCGGUAAACACGGCCGAUGUGAUAGUUAGCGCUUCCUGUGGAUAGGUCCUUUUUUCCUUUUUCAAGUUUCCUCUACUUGCUUGAAUUUCCCAUAACUCGCUCAAAAAGUCUUACCUGCCUGAUGUUUACUUAUGCAACAUGCUUGAAAAAUUCCCCCAGGAGAUUCUUUUAGGGUCUGUGAGCGAGUUCAUCUAAUUUAUAGACCUCGACCGGCGGACUUCCUCCUUGUGUUACGCCCGUUCAGAUCGGAAGUUCACUGGACGAAGUGAAGGUGUCUUCAUAAGUGGAAACACCAUUUGAGCCGAAUUAGUUUACUUGCUUCGACGGCGAACCCCACCAAACCUCCUUUUACAAAUGUAAUCUGUAACUGCACUGUCACAUAGUGCCCCUUUAAAAGAACUUAUUUUGAUUUGUUUUUCCUGCGCUGCUGUUGCCCGCUAACCCAAAAAUUAUGGAUAAUUUCAGAAAAAAGACCUAAAGAGGUAGGACACAGGAAUAGUUACUCUCCCUCCCCCUUUAAAGACAGGUGACUUAUCCCUGAAUCCCAGGAGGCACUCAUCCCCCUGUUCUAACUCUAGCACUAACUUUACCCCUCUGUAAUUGGGGCGGCCCUCUCUGUGAACUCAGGGGGUGCCUAUUCCGGCGUCCAACCCAAAAAGCUUUUUGCUUCAGAAACUCUCCCCUCCUUCCUUCACGCAUCUCACUAGGUACGAUCGUCGACUUGUGGCCUACGAUGCUUCGGGUGUCAUUGAUAAUGAGUUGCUUGUUAUCAGAGUGAAACGCAGAGCUCAUCAGGCAGCAAUAAACUGCCUGGCUGGCAUUAAAGUGGACAAAGAUACCUGUCUCCUGGCUACCGGAGGAUUCGACAGUUACAUCAAAAUCUGGAACGGCGACUUCUCCCUCUUCUACCGGAUCAACAGUGUUCCUGAACCCAAAAAAGGUAUAGAGACGCAUACGACUAUUGUCACUAUUGCUCCCUCGAAGAUUCCUCGCUUUUAUAUUCGGGCUCCGAGUACCAAUUCCUAUUAACAGUUACCAGUUGUCGCACCAAUAAGUGAGUUAUAGACUUGCGGUAACAAGAGAACUAUUCCGAGACACCGGUGUCAGCAAAGUCGAUUUUGUCCAGUAAGUUUCCAUAAUCACCGUGGCAGAUUCAGUGAAGUUUUCAUGAAGUAAAUCCUGCAAAUUCUAGGAAUUGUGAUACCGUUACCAUCUCAGAAAGAAGCAAAUUUUUGUGAGAUCUUUACACUCCCAAACGGUGCACACGUUUUCCCCAUUCUACCAUUUCUCCCUCGAGACUGUCUGCAUUUUCCCUUAUGAAAGUUCAUCGUAAGUCAGGUUAUUUUUUACUGCUCAUUAGAAAUGAAUGACUCGUUGUGGGAGAUUUGCUGAUACUCGUAAAAAGAUUAGGUAUACAUAUUUGCACCGCUCCCCACCCCUCCCUCCCGGCCCAGCACAUUGACUCUGGAUCACCUGUAACUUAUUUAGCACUUGAUGAAAACGAAUGUGCAGGUAUUCUGGUAUGUCAUACAAUCCUACAAUCUUACUUGAAAGCUUUUGCUGUCCUACCGUAUAUUUUUUCCAGCAGAAUAAUGUGCCUGCAAAAAGUCGUAAAACGUCGAGUCCGGCAAACAUACGCUGGCCAAAAACGAACCUAGCAUGUAGUCACACCUCUUGUCACGUAGCGUUUCAACGACGAAACAAAGGCAGUAGGUGAGAAAACUCAUAAAAUGUCGACCGAAAUUCCGAAAUGCGUUUUUGUUUCAAAAAUACUAGUCAGCCUCCAAAGUAAUUCUAUAAUACUUCAGUUACCCCAGGAUGCCGAUUUCCGAAUGAACUUCCAUCCGGCUGCAUGCAAAAAUUACACUCUGUAAAAAAUGACUGCUUGUGAAGCACGAAUUUUUCUCAUUGAUUUUCGAUACCCCUAAAUGUCCAAUUAUAUUUCAUGGAAAACGUGCAUAAAAAUAUUCAUUCUUUUGCUCAUUCGGUAGAAAAUUACGUCUUCUAAUUUUAUACUCGAAGGAGGAACGUAAUUUGGUUUUUAAAAAGCUUCUUAUCGUGGGACUUUUAAAAACCGUGAAAUGGCCUUUCAUAAAUCGUCAUAUCUCUGCCUUUACCAAUGUGGCUUGUAAAGUUAACAAUAUGGAUCAAAUUCCUUGCCAUAUUUUAUGGACCCUGUAUGGUCCCCCUUUAUAACCGUAGAGAAAUGUGUGGCUUUCCGUACGCGGAAAAUAUACAGCGUGUAGUCUGGAAACACUGACUGCAAGUAUAGCGGCAGGUCGGGUUCAGAAUUAUCCAGGAAUUAGAAGACGUGAUUUCUAUCGAAUGAGCAAAAGAAUUAAUAUUUUUAUGCAUGUUUUCCAUGAAACAUAAUUGGAUCCUUAGGAGCAUCGAAAAUCCGUGAGAAAAAUUCAUGCUACUUUAGUAUUCAUUUUUUGCAGAGUGUACUUUUUGCAUGCAGCCGGAAGGAAGUUCAUUCGAAAGCCCGCAUCCUGAGGUAACUGAAGUAUUUUAGAAUUAUUUUGCAGGCGCACUAGUUUUACAACACCAUUUAAUUAAUCUUUUCGAAACGAAAACGCAUUUCGGAAUUUCGGUUGACAUUUCAUGAGUUAGCCCACCUACUGUAAUUGUCGGGCACCUUGAUCCCUCUCCCUUUCUAAGCCCCUGGCAGAACUACAUUCUGACCCCUGACCUUUGAGCGUACUCAACCCUCUCCUCCAUACUUGCCUUUUAUUAACUACUCUGGCCUACCUCAUAUUACUGUACAGGCCUAAUGAUGAAUAAUCGGAAGCGUACGUUUUGCAGACUUGGCUUCCUAAAUGUUCAAAUGGUUAUCCUCGCUGAAGUUAGACAGUUGUUAAUUUUGUAUGAAUACUGGGUCUGGUGCAAUUCGUGUAACGGCGGGCCGCGUAGAUUGGCAGUAAAUGUCUAUUGAAGUCUGACUGGAAGACAGAUUGACGCACUUUAUACGCAACAGCUCCUAAGCACAUACUUAAGAAAAAUAAGUAGGCACUCUGCGGCGUCAAAGCAUUGGGGAAGUGUAUAUAUAUAUAUAUAUAUAUAUGUAUAUAUUCACUCAGGAAUGGGCGCACACCGAUCCAUUGGCUUCCCGAAGCAAACAAGCUUCGUAUGGGCGAUAGGGGUCACGAACAGGCAACCACCUACCAGGCCGAAGUCGGCCAAGCUAUGAAAGCAGAGGGGGGAGACGACAGAGUCUGGGGGUAGAUUGAUACAGCACUGUUUCGGGCUUGUUUGCCUUCAUUCAGCCAAUCAUAACCCUGACCACCAGCAGCUGGUACCGGAAACACAAACAUGCGCUCAGACGCACCUGGCGCAGCUGGUCCACCACUGGGGUCUACCAGAUGGGUCAUAAGCACUUCAUCGAACCGAAGUUCAUCAGUGCCUCGCCACCUGCCAUUCUCUGUCGCUGCAGAUCGGGUAUUUAUUCACUCAGGAAUGGGCGCACACCGAUCCAUUGGCUUCCCGAAGCAAACAAGCUUCGUAUGGGCGAUAGGGGUCACGAACAGGUAGACUUGGCCGACUUCGGCCUGGUAAUUGGUUGCCUGUUCGUGACCUUUGCCACACAUACGGAGCUUGUUUGCUUUGUGAAGCCAAUUGAUCGGUGUGCGCCCAUUCCUGAUUGAUAAAUACCCGAUCUGCAGCGACAGAGAAUGACAGGUGGCGAGGCACUGAUGAACUUCGGUUCGAUGAAGUGCUUAUGACCCAUCUGGUAGGCCUCAGUGGUGGACCGACUGCGCCAGGUGCGUCUGUGCGCAUGUUUGUGUUUCUGGUCUCAGCUGCUGGUGGUCAGGGUUAUGAUUGGCUGAAUGAAGGCAGAAUAAGCCCGAAACAGUGCUGUAUCAAUCUACCCGCAUUCUCUGUCGUCCCUCCUCGCUGCUAUAUAUAUAUAUAUAUAUAUAUAUAUAUAUAUAUAUGAAAACAGGAAGAGGUUCAUCGGAAAAAUCGAGUUGUACUCGUGAAUUUUCGAGCUGGUGACACCAACCCGUCGUCAGACGAAAUGAAAACAGGGGAGAAAGUUUGUUUGUCACACUGGACUAAUUAGCGCGACAGGGCAGACAGACUAUCGGCCUAUGAGAGGGAUGAUCACAAAGUCAUGGUAGGUCUCUGAGCGAGGGGGGAGGUGGAACAAUUAUGGAUGCCUGUGCUGGAGGGGGAGGGUGUAAUGGUGGAUCAAUUGGACUCCGGGUGGCUAAACUGGCGGCCGUUGCUGUGGCAUUAGGGCGGGAGGCAGUAAGUCGUGAGCGUAGGCCCUCAUAAUGGGCGUCCAGGUCAACAUGGCGGUUGAUACUACCAGCAUCGGAGUACCAAGCCUCGAGAAAUUCUCUCGCCCGUUUUGUGUUAGCCAUGGCGACGACCUCAGUGCCAUCCUAAUUGAAUCGGUGGCCGCACUCGAGUGCGUGAGCAAAGACGAGGGACAGAGGGUCUCGCCGACGGACAGCCAGUUUGUGUUCAUUAAUACGGGUGCCCAGGCUUCGACCUGUAUGACCAACAUACACGCAAGAGCAAUUUGAGCACGGGAUGCGAUAAAUUACGUUUGUUUGUUGCUCUUUGGGGAGGGGAUCCUUGAUUCGAGAUAGCGCCGCGCGUAGUGAGGAUGCUGGUUUGUGGGCGAUGCGAAUACCAGAGCGAUUUAACUGCCGGGCGAUUACUUCGGACGCUCCUUGCAUAUAAGGCAGGGAGAAGAAUAGUCGAGACACAGCUUCUCCGUUGAGGGUGGGAGCCUGCCGUUGUGCCUGGUGUCUGAGGCAGUUCUUUACGAAACUUGUCGGAUAUCCGUUGGAUCGAAACAACCGAUACAAGUAGGCAAGCUCUUUCUUAAGGAGAUCGUCGCUGUUGCAAUAACGAUAGGCCCGGUGGAACAGAGUUCGAACGCAGCUCCUUUUGUGAGCUGCGGGGUGGUUGCUUCCAUAAUUGAGGAUAAUUUCGGAAUUAGAUCCUUUCCUAUGGACGCUCGUCGCGAGACUACCAUCGUUCAGCCUUUGUAUUUUCACAUCAAGAAACGGCAGGCUGUCGCCUAUUGCCUCUUCACGAGUAAACUGUAUGGCCGGGAAGACGUCAUUCAGCCUCUGAUGCAGCCGUUCAACUUCGCAGUUCUUUAUCACGACAAAGGUAUCGUCUACAUAGCGAAGCCACACUUUGGGGCUGAAAUCUUGGAAAACCUCCUUUUCUAGUCUCUGCAAUGCAAGUUCUGCGAGCAGUCCAGAUAUUGGCGAGCCCAUUGGGGUUCCCUUUACCUGUUGGUAGAACUUAUUAUCGAAUUGACAGUAGUUUCUAAGGCAGAGUUUGGGCAGUUCUAUAAUAUGCUGAGUUGGAAUCUCAAUAGGAUUCUCCUGUAAGCGUUGGGCUACGCAGUCAAUUGCCAAAUCGUGUGGUAUGGAAGAAAAUAAGGCAACGACGUACUCCCGACGUAGAUUCUUGCUAAAAGCCCAGACACGGGUUUCGCCAAUAUUCUGCCGCUGCGUGACGCAGCUGCGAGGGGUUCGGCUCUUCAGUGGGACCCCCAGCGUUCUCUAGCGGUUUCCGGUAUAUGAACUCCAGAGAAUAAUCAAGCGAAUAAUUUCAGAAAUUAUUCAGUGCGUCACGCAGCGGCAGAAUAUCGGCGAAACACGUGUCUGGGCUUUUAGCAAGUAUCUACGUCGGGAGUACGGUAUACUACCUUUACUAUAUGGAUUUCAUACUACUCGUAGUACUACUUGUUUGUAGAAUGGGCAUUACGUGGUUAUUUCACAGUAGUUGAUUGUCUUCGACUCAAAUGUUCAUUGAAAUUUCGGUUCUGACCCUAAAAAGUCAUGUCCCGGAGAUUUAACUCCAAGUCCUGCACUGAUUAAUUUCUGAAAUUAUUCGCUUGAUUAUUCUCUGGAGUUCAUAUACCUGAAACCGCUAGAGAACGCUGGGGGUCCCACUGAAGAGCCGAACCCCUCGCAGCUGUGUCACGCAGCGGCAGAAUAUCGGCGAAACACGUGUCUGGGCUUUUAGCAAGUAUCUACGUCGGGAGUACGGUAUAAUACCUUUAAUAUAUGUAUAUAUAUAUGGAAAGGUAAUACCGACAAAGACAAGGGAGACCGUAAUGGCCAUUUCUGGCUUAUUAGCCGUCAUCAGCCAGUCAUACCCAACCCCAAGUGUGGAUCACUUGAGAUUCGAACCCGGGAUCUUUGGUCAUGGAGUUGAACGCUCUACCAUUGAGCCACGGGCCCGUUGUCCUGUCGGUUGUGAUCGGGAAUAUUAAUUAUGAUAGUGGGCGCUCACCGAUCAGGUUACGGAACAUGCUCGUUCCGCUGUGCCUUGGGGCUCAUACUUAAACCCUCGCAGGCAGUCGCACAGCGACUAGUGAUAUAUGUUGGAAAGGUAAUACCUUUCCACAACGGAACGAGCAUGUUCCGUAACCUGAUCGGUGAGCGCCCACUAUCAUAAGUAUAUAUAUAUAUAUAUGCAUCCACAUUCCGCCCGUCAAAAUGCUGACCCCUAAUGAGGCAAUCUGGAGGAAAGAGCAGUAAUCAGGCAAAAGUUUAUCUAAUUGGCAACAAGGUGAGUUCGCAAAUAAUACGGAGAUACGACUUUGUGGUUUAGUUCACUUAAAUGCCUAGAUACCACGAGAAGCCCAGACGGAAUUUUGCUUUUAUUUUUUCAAAUUUCAGACCUCGUUUUUGUCCAAAGAUCGUCCCAAUUGUGGGUUUGCUGCGACUCCACACGAACGCGUGUCUUUGAUGUGAGAAACGGUGAGGAGGUAAGAAAACCUACCUGCAGUGGGGAAAUUUGAGCGUAGAUAAAUCACUAAGAAGGACUGAGAAUUGUUACUGCUUUUGGAUUUAAAGCAAACUUAACCGGUUUAAAAACAUCACAAUGACAAGGCUUAAUUCUCAUAGUCAUCUUGUCGAUCGUGGGGAGAGGCCAGUUUACCAGUGAGCGCCCCAAGUCUGCCCAUUUGGUAUUUCGUCAAACUAAUCGUUUUCAUAGUUCAAAAAGAAAGUAACUGGAGGAUUGACGCUUUCAAAAUUUUUGGGCCUAGUUUUCUAAUCCACCUAUCUGGACUCCUAAAAAUGGUUUUUGGAAAGUAAGCAUUACUUAACUGUCAGGCUUUUAUAGUUCUUUAUGCCACGUAGAGCGUUCAGGAACAGUUAUAAGAAAAGGAUCUCCAAUCUUUCCCGGAUGGAAAAUAUAACUGAAGUUAUUUUCUCGGUUCAACCUAAAAUUUGAUGUGAGCUUGGCUCAUACACAUCUAGCGUUUUGAUUACUUUGAAACGCGCAGUGUUCCAUUAAAAUCUUCCUAUCAAACUUUUAUAGUUAUAAUCGGUUCCUGUAUCGUUUAAAAUCUUGUAAAUGGAGUUCCCUGAGAUUAUUCGGUCAUGACGGCGUGCAGAUUUAAGGAAAGUUCAUAUAUGAAAUUCAAUAACCAUACCGCGGAGAAAUAUCCCUUUUUACUUAUUUGGUAACAAACCACGUCCUCUCCACAUUUUAUUUUUGAAAAAAGAGUGCCUUUUGGUUUUAAAAAGCUCCCGAUUAUGAAAUUUUUAAGACCGUGUAAUGUCAAUUCAUACAGCAUCGUACCUGCACGCUUAUCGAUGCUUCUCAUUAAGUAUACAACAUAGUCAGCAUCCAUUGAAAAAUUUUAUGGACUUUGUAUGGUGUCUAUUCAAAGGCGUAGAGUAAUAUAUUACGCAGAAGGUAUACAUCUUAUAUACUGAAUGCUUGCGUAGCGGCUAAUCUGGCUCAAAGUCAUUCGAGAAUCGGAAAACUUUCCAAAACCGAAUACGCCCUUAUUGAGUAUAAAGUGUGAAAAAAUAUGAUUUGCCACUAGAUGAGUAAAAAAGCAUACUUUUCUGCAUAUUUUCUAGAAAAUAUAUUUGAAUUUAUGAGGCCAUCGAAAAUCGGUGCAAAAAAUGCAUACUAUUUGCGUAGUCAUUUUUUGAAGAGGGUAGUUUUUACCAGAGGUCGGAACGAAGUACAUUCAAAGGCCAACAUCCUAGAAAGUGACAAUUAAUAUUACAACCCUACCCAAGUAAUCCUUCCUAAUCUAAAACCCAUUUUAAAAUUCCGGCUAACUUUUCAUGAGAUAGGUCACUCACUAUAUUUACUAAUAGAAAAGGGCGGAUACCGAUCCACUUGGCUGUCCGGAGCAGAGGAGGAUCAGGAACAUCCAUCAGGCUGCGUAUCCACUAAACAAAAAGUGAUAAAGGGUGGGAAACUGGACCAGAUGCUGUUUUUUGCCAAAACCCGCAGCCGAAACGACAAAAGCGGGACGGAAUUUGGACAUGAAUAUUCCGAAAAUAGCAGCUGUUUCAGUCUCCCGUUUCAUCGUCUCGCCAACUUAUAGGUCUCACACAUUUGUGUUAAUUAUUGCCCUAUUUGCAAGAAGCUUGCCUAUCAAGGCCAACCAAAUCGGCGUUCGCUCAUCCCACCGCGACCUAAGUACCCCCUCUACACCCUAAAAGAGCGUACGGCUAUUUUUUCCUUUCCUACCGAUCCUAAUGCCACAACCGAACCGUCACACGCCAGGUUGUUUGUUGUGAUGAAAUGCACAGAGUCAACUUCACUCCCUGGUCACUUUUACAAGCACCCCUCUGAUGUCCAGACGGUCAGCCAUCUGAUUCAGGGAAGUUGCCGACCGAGCUAAGCAACCCACCUACGCGUGCCACUCACGGUCCGGCCUUUCGCACGACACAUCAUGUUUUUAUAGAAGGAUAGAUAGUACUAUCGCACAGUCUGCCUGUGGCGAACAACGCAGUAACGGGCCAUCGUCUUUUUGUCGGCUUCAACGACUCACACAGGCAGGACAGGGGUAGACGUGAUUAGCGGCGAGUGGGGAGUCACUUAUGCAGCUGAUGAAAACCCAGAACCCUGGGUUUUGAUACAAAAACAAAAAAGAGUAUUCGUUAUCGAUAAGACUGGAUCACUAAAGUCUAAGUCGACGCGCCAGCAGACUUCAAUAGUAAGGUCAGAUGAUGCUGCUCCUAAUUCGACAGCCGGACCGUUACAACCACUGGCAUCCACCAUGUACCCCAGGGGGUGGGUGCAGUACCGGUGACUGGCAAGCAAGUCAUUUUACAGUGAGACGGACUUGCGAAGCAUCAACCGCACUCUCUCCCCUCUCACCCACCCUGCUCCAUUGACAAGACAGAGUAAGGAUGAUCGAAGGUGAGCGCAGACACAGUGGAUUGCUAGCUGAACAGCUCAUCUAAGCGUGCCACUCAAGUACUGGUUCUAAAUGCACAUGCGCCAUAAUUCCGUGGGGCCGAAUGCUAUCUCAAUUGGAUGACGGUCCCAUAAAGACCACAUGAAGAAAGUGGCAUUGCGAUUCUGCCGUCAGUCCCGAUAAGAACAGUGUUAUCUCGUCGGUUCGCGUCCCUCCAAGCCACGGCUCUUGUCACGUUAGAGAAAUAUGCUGAUGUGCCGCGAGCAUGGAUUCCUACUGUACAGGCUGCCGGGCACGAAUAAACUACCCCCCCACCGAUGGUGUUUAUGUCCCGUCAGAUAGGGCUCACCCUUGGAACGUUAAUACGUACGUUUGUGACCAGAGUUGUGGCCGGUGGAAGACAGCCCUCAUAAUCCCAUUGCAGAAGCAAUAUCAGUCCACCAAUCUUCGUCGGUCAUUCUCUCGAUUAAUGAUUCAUUGACACUAUGCGAAGACCUGCGAGGCCUGUAUCCGGAGUUUCAUGGCAAACGAAAACUCCGGUGUUCCUUCCUGCUUCCGAACUAGAUCGGUGAAAGCCACGCACCUGCGCCCUCUCCCGCCUCCGGUGGUCUUGACUCUGUCUUGACACUUGGUCCAGGUGGGCAGAGGGGAAGAGAGAGUGCGGUAGAUGCUGCGCAAGUUUACUAUCACUGUAAACUAGUGCACGCGCAAGUCGCCGUGCCUGCCGCACCUUGAUGUGUGGCACACGGUAGGCAUCGUCGAAAUCGACGGUCGAGCUGUCGAAGAUGCUAGCUCUCUUGCCGUCCGAAGCUGCGGAGCUAAUUUGAUUCGCGUGUCAUGCAAGUAUAUGCGGGUUAAGUAUUAACCCCUGUUUGUCUUGGGUCAACUUAUGUUCCCUUGCUGAAUGGUUGUUGCGGGGGGCUGAAUUAAUCGAUUCGACAGUGCGGACAUUUACGACUCCCUUCUAACCCAGAUAACCCGCAAUUAAAUUACAGACUCAAGUCUUCACUUAUUAAUACGUAUUAUCUACAGUUUUUAAAACCGCACAACCUGGAACUUGUGUCUGAAGAUCACACAGAAAUUACGCGCAUCAAUCUGGCUUGAUAGUGAGACUGAAUAGGGGCGUUCCGUUUGCCUCGAGCUCAGGGUCUAAGAUCCUCUUGCGCGGUCGCAUAUCUGCGAGUAGCCAAUAGUGAAGUAGUACCUGAAAAUACGAUGGGUUUGUACUGGUCAUUCUGGACUUUUUCUCGUUAUCAGCCAACCCUAAUCCAACCUCGGUUUGAGCAGAGCAGAGACUUUAAAAGUGUACCUUGAAGCACCUUGCUACAUCGCUUUGAGGCAGAUACACUAACUUUUCAUAUAGUAGCAUUUUUGUUGACAGAUAAUUUUUUUACCAAAAACGUGUUUUGAUGCAUUUCAGCUCACUGAGCUCGUGACGCACUCAGCUGCCGAGGGAAGAGGAUGUUCAGGGUUUACCCGCAUGGCCUACUCUAAGGGACUCAAUGUUCUUAUAGGUCAGCUACGGUACCACUGAUAUAUAUAUAUCUAUAUAUAAUGUUAGGGGGCGCUCACCGAUCGUUCAUACGGAACUCACUCGUUCCGUUGUGCCUUAUGGACUCUCUCUCGAGCCCAACCAGCAGCCGCACAGCGGCUAAUAAACCAGAAAUGGCCAUUCCAGUCUCCCUUGUCUUUGUCGGUAAUAUCAUUCUGCCUGUAUAUCAUGCGCCGCUGUGCGGCUGCUGGUUGGGCUCGAGAGAGAGCCCUUAAGGCACAACGGAACGAGUGAGUUCCGUAUGAACGAUCGGUGAGCGCCCCCUAACAUUGUAUAUUCCCGAUCGAAAACCGACAGGGCAACGGACUCGUGGCCCGGUGAGUAGAGGCGUUGACUUCUAAACCAACAGGUCGCGAGUUCGAGGCUCGGGUGUUCCACACUUCGGGCUUGGGUAUGGCUGGCUGACGACGGCUAAUAAGCCAGAAAUGGCCAUUCCAGUCUCCCUUGUCUUUGUCGGUAAUAUCAUUCUGCAUAUCUAUAUAUGUAUAUAUAGCGUGCAUUCAAAAUCCUUUCGCGGUUUUCCGGUACUAGCUGAAAGUCCAGAUAUGUGUAUGGUAGAUUUCCCGCUGCUGCAAUACUCAACCAUUAGUAGAUUCCACAGUCUUUACGCAUAGUUUCUGACAUGUACUCUCGUUUUUUCUGAUAGUGUAUGAUUUCAUCUAAGGGAAUUAUUGAUGAGCCGAAACCCUGUCACCUGUAUAAGGACAGAGAAUCGACAAAACACGUGUCUACGUCGGGUUUGGGAGACUUCCAACUGACGGAAUAACUCGGUGCUCCUCUCAGCGGCUUCAAUGGUCCCUUUUUAUUGUGGCAUUUGUGACACUCCCGCCCAUCUGGGGGAAAUUUGGCCCAUCGUGCGCGGAUCAGGCGUGUUUGUGGCACGCGCAGACCGCUUCCUUAGCUUUGUCACUCACUGCGUCCGAUCCAGCCUCCGGUCUUCUUAACUCUUUCGUGACACCUUACUGAUCAUCACUGUUCGUAAAGGUCAACCUGACGUGAUCCAGUGCCUGCGUUUCAAGAGCAGUGGGAAGAUGUUUAUGCAUAUUAACUAUAUCAUUUGCGGUUGGCUAGGUAACCUUGACCGUUAUGUCCUUACUGCGCUGAAGUCGAUAUCAGUAGAGAAAAGCACUUGUGCCAGCCUGUAAACUGCUGUUCGACCAGUUCUGCAAUCAGUGCAGUCUUUUAAAGCAAUAGUAGUCAUCAAAAUCAGUAAAUGAUCCUUGUCAUCCUUGAGGCUUCCGAUUUUCCGUUGGCAGGUUGCUGACCCAUGGUUCGAACGGGUAGAAAAGAAGUUAUAAUUAUUCCUGCUCUUGCCGGAGGGACAUCAACAGUAGUCAGAGGCGAUAGAUCAUGCUUCUUCCCCCCCCCUUAAAGCAGUUGUCUCAAGUUCAAGAUUGGGUUCUAAAUGGCUACGACUGGAAGAUUGCGGCAGCAAUUGUUUUCAAAUACGAGACUGCUUGCUGACGUUCUACAAAGGCGUCUCAAUUGCUGUGCCCUCGCAGAAGAGGAUCGCUUAACGUCCUCCCCCAAGCCCCUUGUCACUAAGUGUGGGGCAAUAUGUUAUCAAAGCGUUGAGUGCCAAUAGAAGCGAAGAGACGAGUCCCAGGAAGCAGUCUUGAAGGAGACACGAUCGCUGGGACAAGAGCUUUAUUAGCCUGACGUUUCGGAUUCCUGCUCGAACCCAUAAUCAAAGACAAAAGCAGAUACGGGUGGUUCAUGCACAAGGGGCUGCAGUAUUUAUAGGAUGCAGUCGCCAUGCUAUCGCAUACUUUGAAUAUUCACGGCUCCCCCCUUCAUCAGGGAUCGUUGCACUUGGUUAACUGAUUGUUUGAUGGCCGACAUUCGUUAAUUGCUGCAAUUUCAUCACGUGCAUUGGAUGUUGGUGUGAUGAUUGCUUGACCAUCUGAUCUACCGACGAGAUCCGGCCACACAUUCAAAUUCGUCAAGGCCGAAAUUCUCGCAAGAGGUGACAACCACGUGAACCGGGAGCUGUUUGAAUCAUGGUUUACUGGCCCCCCAGUCCAUUAACUAGUGCAACGACCUCCCCCUUCCAUACUCAGUGCUGAGACUUCGCCUAGGCGGAGUAAUUGGCCACGCGGGAAGUGCACGGGUGAACACUUUUCCCAAUCAUCACACCAACAGCCAACGCACGUGCUGAAAUUGCAGCAAUUAACGACGCGAAUGUUGACCAUCAAACAAUCAGCUAACCAAGUGCAACGAUCCCUGAUGAAGGGAGGAGCCGUGAAUAUAAAUAGGUAUGCGAUAGCAUGGCGACUGCAUCCUAUAAAUACUGCAGCCCCCUGUGCAUGAACCAUCCGUAUCUGCUUCUGUUUCUGAUGAUGGGUUCGGGCAGGAAUCCGAAACGCCAGCUCUUGUCCCAUCUAUCGCGUCUCCUUCAAAGCGUAGAGUAGUAAGAUCGGCGGUCCCACAAUAAGCUACGCUGCAGAUGCGCUGAAACAAUAACGACAGUAAGAUUGGCUCCCUUAACGCGUUUGUCGGAUUGCGCCGCUUUCACGCAAACCCACAACUACUACGUGCAUGCAUGUGUGGAAAAAGUCAUCGCGCCACGUUAGCCACGGCCCCCGUUCCCAUCACCGUCACCGUUUAGGACAGUCGAAUAGUGCGUUAGAGAGGAAAACGGGGUAGAGGCCAAUAAUGGCAAAUCCAUCGCUGUAUAUCAAUAUAUUCAUCACAGUAGUUAAUCUGGCACUUUAAAGCCUAUCAUGACGCUAUAAACGUCGUGAAUAGAAGCCUGUCAUUGGACGAGAUAAUUCUGAUUUCCUCGGGACUGAGAGUCAGGCUGCAAUGGCUCCUUCGUAGUGUAACCUUUAUGGCACCCUAAUUAAUGUGAGAUCUCAGCCUCUGCCAAAACACGUGCAGUGGAGACUACGUCAUUUGCGUUUGUCAGACGCCACACGUGCGCCCUUCUCUGGCAAUCUGAACACUUUUUUAACAUCAGAAUAAUGUGGUUGAGGUAGAGGAGUGUGCGGUUGGUGCUUUGCAAGUCUACCUUAUUAUAAACUGAUUCACAACUCACAGAGCCUUGUGCACAUUAGCCCUAUACCCCUGCCUACACAAAGGAAGGUCCAAUCGAUAUCAUUUAGUAGAUUUCAAAUGCUGCAAGGCAUCCCGUCAAGACGUGCACGUUGGGCUAGCAAAACCUUCAAGAGGAUGCGCUACUCAGUUAGGAAGUAGCCAGGAGAGUCAUGUCAGCAUUUUGCGUGCUCUUUUGAUUCUUUACUUUCUCAAUAGUGAUCCAUGUAAUUGAUCCGUCCACUCGGUAAAACUCCGGGUUCAACUGUUUGGCCAACGUGUUCGGUUAAUUAGGGCGGAAAUUACUGGAAAUUUAAGUCGAACAUGGCCAUUUACGGUUAGUUUAAAUGACCAAAAGUCGCAAUAAACGAACAGUGCUAAUUCGGGUUACGAUUUUGACUAAACUAAAACAACCGUCCUUUUAAGACCAUCACAUAUCACAAGAGGGUUCCUUCUUCCGCGGUUCGAAGUGUUUCCCCAUCUAGACUGAUAAACCCACCGCCGUCCCUUAAACUGCAGACCAAGACCUAAGCCUCACUAACCGCUAGGGCCUUAGUCUGCGCUGUGAAAAAGGAUUUUUGCGUGAAACUUCCACUUUGAUUUGCAGCGCCAGAAUGGACAGUAUGCUGUGGCUGUUCACAGCCAAUCCAUGCUCCAAUGAGGUGACCGAAACCAGAGGAAAUGAACAAAGUGGAGGUUUUUAUAUACAGACCGAACACGUAGUAGCCAGCCUGCAGUCUAAGUCCGAAUGCCAGCUUGCUGGCGACCCCACCGGCUUCCGGUCGUCUCGCCAUUGUCCUGCCAUUGAAGCAGGGCGGGUGAGGGGAGGAGAGAGUGUGGUAGAUGCAUCGUAAGUCUACCUCACCACGAGCUAAUUCAGAUGCCAGUCACCGGGGCUGCACCCCCACCUCGUCGGGCACCCGGUGGACAUAGUCGCUUGCGACGAUCGUACCGCCGUCGUCGUCUGCGUUACAAAAUCGAUUAAGUGGUGCAUAGGCGCUUUCAAGAAUUUGACCUGUGCGUUGGACGCACGCGCGCCAACCGCUAAGUGUUGGUUUCACCCGACCAACCAGCUUGCCGGACGCUGAUAAGUGGUGCGUGUGAUUGGAGGCCUUCCAAUGUUUAUCGCCUAACUAAACCGGUAGCCGACGAACCCCCAGACCCUGACUUAUGUGCGCAAUGCCAUGAAUGUCAGCCUCCAAUGAGACUGGAAAGCCGGUUGUCAAACAGGUGUCAGCUCCUUUUCUGCAUCUAUUAUGACCGCAGUUUGCUUGCCUCUUUCAAAAGACUCAGGAGCGGACACCCAUAUAUAUAUAUAUAUAUAUAUAUAUAUAUAUAUAUAUAAAAUCCCUGUUUCCGCUCAAAACAAACGCAUGUUUUUGCUAGAUGCGUACUGCGCCGAAGUAAUGUCAAACAGGCAACUUUACUGUUCGUUUCGGAAAGGAGGAAAAAACCAUCUUCCGCACAACAGUGCCUUUGCCUCUCAGAAACUGUUGUCUUACGAUGCACGUAGCGCGAAGCGAGAAAGCAGCAAUAAGAGUAGAAUUUGGCUGAAAUGCAGGUACAUUUCUGCUGGUCAUUUGACCUCAACGGCGCUGUCGGCCGAUGCCAGUAACUGUCUACGGUGUCGGUCUGUAUUGACUGUGACCGGCAUUUUUUUGCUUUCGUGAUUUGCUGGGGAGAGUGUAAUCAAUUAAAAACUGAAAAUCACAGCUCAACGGUAGAAUCUGUUCAAGCGGAUGAGAAAAUCAUCCAUGCAAAUGGUUAAAACAUGAUGCCGCAUCCCCCCAUAAAAAAGUUUAGCAUCAAUGCCUGCUUUCAAACGCUUCUUGAACAAUGUAGAUGGAGAAACAACUAAAAGGGGGAUCUAAAACUUCAAUUUCUACUCAAACAUCAAGAAUAUGAACUACAGUAUGCACCAAGUAGUCAGGAAUUAUCAACCCUGUUCUUUUGUUAUGCUUAUUAAUAAGAAAACGCGAAACGACGAAACUGAUUAGCAGUCAACCUACCUCCAAAUAAAUUGCCACAUGACAAUGUGCUGGUCGUUGAGCGAAUCAAUCUAGAAACAAAUUACUAACUGAUUUGAUCGUAUUUUGUUAUCAAUGUCGGAAAGGCUAUCAAUUUGGUCACACUUAUAAAGGAGGACAAUGAUUUUCAUUUGCAUAGAAGAUUGCACCCUUUCAAAAUUUCCUACCUGAAGGAAAAAAUUAUUCUGGCCUUUAAAAAUUUUCAAUUGCGACUACCUUUAAGAGACUCAGGAAUUCGUAUAGUCUAGUACUCUCAGGUUCAUUAAAACUACCUCAAGGUAUUCAGUGUGACAUAUCACCAUUAUGGGAUUUCGUAGAGCUACAUAAAUUGCUUCAGACAAAAGAUAUGCGUACCGUGGGUGGGCUAACUCAUAAAAUGUCAACCGAAAUUCCGAAACGCGUUUCACUGAUUUUCAAUGCCUUUAAAAAUUCAUGGAAAACAUGCACAAAAAUAUUCAUUGUUUUACUCAUUCGGUAGACAAUGACAUCUUCCAAUCUUAUACUCAAACGAAGGGCAAAAUUCGGUUUUCAAAAACGUUUUCGAUUCCCGAAUACUUUUGAACCCGCUCUACCGUUACAUUUGGAUUCAGGGUUUCCAAACUACAAGCCCAAGUUCCCAAUUGUGAGAUUUUUUAAUACCGUGAAAUGGCCGUUCAUAAAUCGUCAUAUCUCUGCAUUUAGCAGUGUGGCUUGUAAAGUUAACAAUAUGGAUCGAAUUCCUUGCUACAUUUUAUGAACCCUCUAUGGUUCACCUUUAUUACCGUAGAGAAAUGAGUGGUUUUCCGUACGCGGAAAAUAUACGGCUUGUAGUUUGGAAACCCUGAAUCCAAGUGUGACGGCAGAGCGGGUUCAAAAUUAUUCGGGAAUCGGAAAACUUUUUAAAGCUGAACUAAGUCCCUCCUUCGAGUAUAAAAUUAAAAGAAGACGUAAUUUUCUAUCGAAUGAGCAGAAGAAUGAAUAUUUUUAUGCAUGUUUUCCAUGCUCUAUAUAUGGACAUUUAGGGGCAUCGAAAAUCAUUGACAAAAAUUCAUGCUACAUAAGUAGUCAUUUUUGCAGAGUGUAGUUUUUGCAUGCAGCCGGAAGGAAGUUCAUUCGAAAGCCGGCAUCCUGACAUAACUGAUAUACUAUAGAAUUAUGUUGCAGACUGACUAGUUUUACAAUCCUGCUUAAUUGAAAUUUCCGAAACGAAAACGCAUUUCGGAAUUUCGGUUGACAUUUCGUGAGUUAGCCCACCUACUGAAUAUACGUAGGAUAACAUGACCAAAAAAUACAAAGGAGACUGCAACGGCCAUUUCUGAAUAACUAGCCGUCGUCAGCCGGCCAUACCCGAGUCUGAGAUGUCCAUCUUCUGAGGCUCGAACCCGCUACCUGUUGGCUAGAGGUCCAACGCCCUAACUACUGAGCCACGGCGCCCAGAACAGCAUGUCUUCGUCGACGGUAUUAUUGCCAAAAGCAAAUCGGCCCUGUAUGCUGAAAGUGACGAACAUAUGUCGACUUUCAAAGGCCUGUGGCGCACCUUUGAAGUCCAGCUGAAAGGGCUUCAUUUUAAGAAUUUUGACCUUUCCGAUUGUCCAGUCCCCGACAGAGGUUGUAAAUAUUUACGAACCUUUGUUAUGCUAUUCGUGGAAGCACUUUACCGCCUCCAGCUUUCAGGCGUCGUUAAAGGAAUAUCCGUUGAGGUGGCAGGCUCUGACUUAUCAUUUGUAACCAUCUUGUAGAAAACUAUUUUGCCUCUUGAUUCUUUGUUUCAUUCAUGUCAUGCAUACGAGAUUUCUGUCAACUCACUUUGACCCAACUGUGAAAAACCCAGCACCUCGGUGGGGUUCGAACCCACGACAGUGAGGGGAAGGCUUUAGUACAGCCAACGCUCUAACUAUCUGAGCUACGAGGCCCCGUCGGACGACGCGAGUUUAAUCACAGUUGGGUCAAAGUGGAUUAUUUGAAAUCUGCCAUAACGCGUCUGAAUUUCUGUGAACGCUGCUGACGCAAUGCUUCAGCAAGACAACACAUACAUAUUGGGCGACACUUGGACCGUUGUUUUAUUGCAUCGGCUGAUUCAUUUGGAUUUUUCAUCAAGAGGUAAGAGACCCUCUCAGACAGAACAGUGAUGUGUGCUCGAACGGCAAGCGAGACCAAAAGAUAACAAUCACCCUAAAAUCGAUUCUUAAAUGGUUUUUACUUACUUUUUUGGUAGGCUCACGGAUUUGUUUGUCGGCCUUGGAAACCAUGUUAAUCUUCUUCACUUGCUAAAUCUCAGUGGUUUGGCUGAUACAUUGGUAUCUUUGCGCGGCAACACAAGUGGAAUCUACUUCUACUGGUGCGAUGAUACAAAUUUAAUAAUAAAAAUAAUAACGUAUCGUCCUACGGGCAAGGUUCCAUGCUUGAACCAUUCCUAGUUUUGUAGAAAAUGCACGGUUUAUACAUUUUUUUCGCUAAUGCUGGGGCACAUUCCGCCGGUACCAUUUUCGCAGCAUUAAAAAAGACGGAGUUAUGUUGGGGGUUACAGAUUUAGGGAUCUCGGGACAGUCUGAGGGUUGAUUUAGGGGGAGGGGGUGUUUGUAUUGCAUCCUAACCGAAUCGCGAUCUUUAUACACUAUCUGAAGUAAGAACUUUAUGAAACCAACGAAGUUGUAGCUUUAAUAACCAACUUGCCUAUAUUUUGCGAUCCGCUGUGUCUAGUGCGGCGGAGUCCGCAAAUGUUUGAAAUAACUGGACCAGAAUGACUGGUUUCCUUCUUUUUCCACUUCACUGACUAAAGUCCCCUCCGCGCUGUUUUAUCAUCUUCCCUUGUUCACCAAUAAGCUGUCGUUCACUACGUUUUUUGGGGGGAGGGGAAUUCUUCACUGCCAACAAUGAAAGAGACAGGAUAAAAACAGUAGCGUGUAUGGGAAAGGACAAAGUACGCGCUCUCCAAACACUGUCGAUGAGUCAACUACCCUACUUAACUACCGCUUCUUGACCAGCGCGCUCGAGUCCACCCUCGGUUGUCUUAACACCGUAUGCCAUCGGGGCAAGGGGGGUGAGGGGAGGGGGAGAAAAAUGUGGUAGAUGCUGUGAAAGUCACCUAUCAAUAUAAAAUAAUUCACACUCAAGUCAGCAGCGCCGUGCUUACCCCGUGGGGUGCGCAGUGAUUGGCUCACGUGCCGAACUCUUAAGAGAACGAAGUUGUAAGGUCUUAAGCAAAACAUUUUGCCCCCUCCCCUGAUCACAAUCGUGCGUCCAUGGUAAAUUGAUCGAACCUGGGGAGGGGGGGGGACAUUUGUCUACGCCGGGGCAAGUGUUCAGGGGCAUAUUGAUAUCCAUACGGGACCCAAGCUGAUGUUGCACGAGCAAAACCUCACGACGAGAGGAUUUGGCCAUUGACGUACCACUCUCCAUAAAACAGCCAUGUCACAACACGAGACCAAGCAGGUCACGGUUUGAAGCUGAAAUCAGCUGGUCAUUAAAUUUUGAACCAUGUGCCCAACCAUGGGUGUCGGCCGUCCGAUAGCGGACAGAAGGUCAUAAAAGACCGUGCCGGUCGGUGGUGCUCUAUGAGUAUUACUCAUUUAAGUGAGUUUUAGGUAGAAAGCGACUGGUCUGGCUUCCCGAACGGCACUUUCACCCAGCUUAUCACAGUCUUUGCAGACACAAAAUUCCGCUGAAAGGACUGAGGACAAAUGCUAAUGCCAAUUUACGUAAAUUUCAGGUGCUACAUGCCACAGGCAACUAAUAGCCAUGCAGGAAUCAAAGGCAACUCCUACGGCAACGCAUCUGGUCGAGUGUCCGUUUACGUCUCUCGCCUCGAGUCAGUUCCGAUGUUUUUACUUUCAGAGGAAAAAAAUGCUAUCACAGAGGAGGCAUUUGGAACCUUGAGCUUUUUUAUUUUAGCAACUACGAAGGACUUUCCAAUCACCCUAUUUCUCGGUGAUUUGCAGGGACGUCUGCACAUUUGGCGGCGGUGCGGCCAAAGUCGACUGACCUUCAAGUAAGCCCUCUUAUGAUCCUAUCUUCAGGCUUCUAAUGUGUCCAUAGCAAAUGACACAAAGAUGAAAUGUCUCAUUAAUAAACUGACGUAAAGUGACCUAUAGUCCCGAACUAUUUGGGUCGCCUCUGAGUGCCAGCUUUCGAAUGCACGUCUUUCCUGUCGCCCGCGAAAGUUUAAAUUUUUUUAUUACAUUUCGAUGCCCUUUUAUGUUCGAACAUAUUUAAAAAAUAGCAUGCAUAAAACUCAGUUUUUUAAAUUUUGUGGCUGCUUACGUCGUCGUCGUCAUACUCGAAUUCCAUUCAGGCAACAAUUUCUAGCCUAGGUCAUAUUUCGGAUUUUUAGCGACGUCUAACGAGAAAUAUCGCCUCCUCUAGAUAACCAGAUAAGAUUUUGGCUUCCGAUAGCAUCGUAGUAUUUUUCCAUUUUGUGAAACUUAUUCAAGCCCUACUCCGAUUAACUUCAUUCUGUUUUUUUGUCAUUCUCCUUUACUUUCUCGGAAUAAGCGAUUAUCUUUCUUUCAAGAGUAUGAACUGAUUUGGAACUGCCGGCAAGGAAGAUUCAGCUUCAUUAUUUAGUAGCCCAACAUUUUUAACAUGCCGCAUCUUCCAAAUGUACAUAGAUCAAACUGAAACAUGUUAGUAAAAGUUACUCCUAGAAAAACAGGACUCAUCCGGGGAGGAACGUGGGAAAUUAAUAAAUGUGCUGUAGCAGGACACAUGUGUUAGUGGAUGACAUCCACCCAUUGAAUCUGUGUUUCCACGCAGAAAUAUCUUACUGGAUGAGGCAAUUUGGGAUGUUCAGCUUAGCCGACGCAGCCCGAAUUUGAAGGGUGUAGCUAUCGUGAGCACAGGGCAGAUUAUACUCCUGAAAAUUGGGUAAUUAUUUACCAUACUGACAACGCAGGUACUAGUCAAAAACCCAGACACGCGUGUUUCGCCGAUCUUGUGCCGCUGCCUGAUGCAGCUACAAGGGAUUUGGUUCAUCAAUGGGUCCCCCAGCCUUCCCCGUGUGUUUUCUGGCAUACGAACUCCAGUUUUUACCCUGUCCUUUUUUAAUUUCCGUAGAAAUUAAUGCGUGGACUUGGAGUAAGUUCUUCGGAACAGACCUUUUCAGGCGCGGGCCGAAAGUCCCGACGGUUAAUCGUGUAAUUGUAAUUUGGUAGUAGAACUGCCUCGGAUUUGGUUCACGGGGAUAUGAAUCUCCGACGCAAGAAAUCAGGGUGACAGGAUUGAAAUAAUUGUUUUCGUCUACCGGGUAGAAGGUACCGACAGAGAUGCGGAUAUGACUUUGGGUUAACAGAUGAACGCGAGUGGUUAUUGGCAAAUCCAAAUUAUUGGCGACAGCAAUUCUGCCCCAAAGGAGGCCUGCAACAAUGCCUCCAGAACGGCUGUCUUGCAAAUGUGCUGGACCAACAGCGGUACCAUUCUGGCUCACGGUGCGCGUUUGCUGGACUGCGCUGUGUCUGCAUGAGCCCGUAACUACUACUGCCACAUAUGCGCGCUGCAUGCCUUAGAAGACGCAAGCCUCACAUCGCUUCAGUUACUGCAUCUAAUCACACCCCUCGUUCAUGGGCAGAUUCGGACGGACAAGUGGUGCACGGAGGAGGGAAAAGUUAAAGAGGUCGACAGUGCGGCAUAUCAGCUAAUGCCUCAUUAUAAUUCAUCGGAAAUGUUUGGAUCCACAACAGUGCGCUGCCAUUCACGGCUUGGGGGGCUGUAAACUGACGGGAAAACUCAGUGUCUCUGAGGACUGAGUGUCAGGCUUAUGUGCUAAUGCAUUGGCGUUUGGCGACUUCAGUCUACAAGGUGCAUGCUUUCCGCGUAGGGAAAAUCAUAUAUUCCUCUGUGCCUUUAAGAAUUUACCACAUGGAGUUCCUAAAAUUUCGCAAUGGAUCAGGACUGUGUUGUGCAUUUCAUUAGGAGCAUUAGUAAACGGACAUGUUCGGUCCUGUAUGCAUGGACAUCGCACGGUCUUAAAAAUCUCAUAAUUAGAAACUUUUUUAAAACCCACAUAUACACUUUCUUCAGAUAUAAUCUGCCAAGACAAUGUGCUUUUCUACCAAAGGAGUAAAAGAGAGCAUAUUUUCGUGCAUGUUUUCUUUAAAAUAUAUUUGAAUUUACAAGACCAUCGAAAAUCAAUAGGAAAAGUGCAUGUUAAUAAAGUAGUCAUUUUUUUACUGAGUGUGGUUAUUGUAGAAGGUCAAAAAUAAGUGCAUUUAAAAACCGACAUUCUGGCGAGUCCAAAAUAUUAUAGGAUUAUGCCGCAUGAUAAUCAGUAUAACAACCCCACAUAAGUAAUCCUUCCCAAUCGGAAACGCAUUCCGAAAUUUUGACCAACAUUUCAUGAGAUCGGUCACGCACUGUACUUCCUAGUGGUAUUCUAACCCGCGUGAGAGCCCAGACGCCCACGCAGCAAUCCGUAGUGCAGACCGGGUCACGUUUGUGACACGCGUAGACUGCUUGUCUAGUUUUGUCAGUUACUGCGUCCGUUACAACCUCCGAUCUUUCUGAUAUUGUCGUGCCACCUUCACCCGUUUGUGUAGGAAAGAGCAGCGGUUUGUCGGGAAGGGCAUGGACGAGGUUUUGCAAAGAACCCUCGCCUUUACGCUGCGACGGCAGGCAGGGCGCCUGACCACUCGACUGCGUACGAUGCUGGAACAGGGUCUGGAUGAUGCCCAUAUUCGGAAGAACCUGAUUGCGCCCCUGCCAAGUCAACUUCUUCGACUGCCCUCUGACACCUCCGUUCUCUACACUGAGUGGCUUGCCUGUUUCACCGAUCAGCUUGCAGUAAAUGGUGUAAAUGGCUAG